CACAAUCUUCGGGGAUUACUACGGGCUCUCGGUGUUGUAUGCGGUUGUAGUUGUUUUUAUUUUUAUUUUUCUUUACCGCUCCGCUCGACAUAGCUUCGGCGCAUGCGUAAACGGCCAGUAAAGUGCGAGACAGCGCCGCAGACGGACGUAGAAACGGUAUAAGUUGAAUCCAAAAAAAAUUCCAAAAGCCAAAACCAAAGGUACUUCCCGGCAAUAAGUAAUAUGGUUAGGCUGCACAACCGAUUAUUUUGGCCAACAGGCUGUGGAGCGGGAUUGCUGCUCAUCACAUUGCUCGGCGGUGUGCGCGUUUCCUUCGCCUGGAAGCCUAUUGCUUCCGGCAGCCCCAUAACAUCCUACAGCCUCAAGCAAUCGCAUCCAGGUGAGGCCAGCAGCAGCCACGAGCUGACCACAAGCUAUGGCCAAUUUGGUGGCGAUCAAAAGGAGGAGGACGAUCUAUUGCUGGCGCGCGCCGCUGUCGUGAAUGGCGUGGAAACUGGCAUCACGCACCCCAUCACAUUGGCGGACGAUCACGAAAACCAUUACGAGUCGUACAGCUUAAAGGAUGAUGUUGUUGAGGAACCUUCUCUCAGCUUUCCCCGUUCUCCACUCUAUGUCGCCGAUCGCUGCAGUGUCAAGAAAUUCGCAUUCAAUCAGGACGGCGCGGUGGAGUACGGCAACGAGUUGCCCGAGCUGGAUCAGUUCACGUUAUGUUUCUGGAUGCGUUUUACCAAUCAUAGCGGCGACCAUGUCAUGUUGACCUACCAAGUGAAAAAAGAACCACGCGAAAUACAAAUCUGGGUCGCCAAUGCGCAAAAUUCCAGUUUCCUAUCGAUGGCCAUAAAGGGUCAGCAAAUGUACAGAUUAAAUUACCCGCUGCGUAUGCGGCAAUGGCAUCACAUGUGCAGCUCGUGGAAUGGAAAGACCGGCGAGUGGCAAGUCUGGCUUAAGGCAGAACGUAUUGGGCGUGGCUUCCACAAUUCGCUAGUGGGCCAUAAAAUACCCGCAAAAGGAAAACUGAGAUCAGGCGGCAGCUCAGUUACCGGUGAAGUGAGCCACGGUCUGCAUUUCGAGGUUACCCUCGUGCAAAUUUAUCGCGUAGCCUUGAGCGCAGGAAAGGCACAUCGGGAUCACAAACACCACCAUGUGCACCAUGUCGACCACGAUGGUCAGGAGGUGUCCAGCACAGCGCGUGCGCCGCCAAUGAUUAAUCGACCUCAGCCCAUGCACUCGCUACUCGCCAGCGGGCAAAUCCCCACCAGAGUGCGCAUCAAUCUGGCCGGAUCAGGGCCAACGCAGAAACCGCCCAACGGCGGCGCCAACGGUGCUGAAUUCCCACCCCAACAACAAGCAAUAACCGUCAACACGAAUUUUGUCAACGGUCAGAUUAACGCUGGUUCUCGAUUGGUGGCUCAGCAGUUGCUUGGUAUUUUGCCCAUAGCCCAAAGCCGACCUGGCUCGCCACCCCUGCUUGCAAGUGAGGCAGGUCGGUUCCAGAUGCUCAGCAACUCGGCCAAUGUGCAGUUCAUAGAUGAGACAGAGACGCAUAUACAGUUCAAGCGACACGCGGCGAAUACGGAUGCGACAACGCUGAGAACUGCAACUAAUGAUAAGAAGCUGCGGAAACGAGGCCUGGUGCUACUGGACGAUGGUUCUGUUGUGGAUGAUGGUUUGGGCACCAGCAGCGAGGCAUUUAGCAAAUACAACGGUCUUGCCGACUUUGGAGGUCAACAAUUCAAACAGGAUUUGACGUUGAAAAUGACACUUGAGGAGGAAAUCAGUUCACACGACCGCGAGCCUGCCGAAGAGGAAGUCAAGGCGGUUAUGAGCAUCUGCAGCAACUGCGACCCAGAGCCUUUUCAGGGUGCAAUUGUGUUCAGCUGGAAGAACGUGGAGGAACACAUGAACAACACGCUCAAGGGUCUCAGUGUGGGCACCUGCGGCAACUUCUAGCUGCCUCUACCAGUCAUAAACUAGCCCGAGAGCUAAAUAUAUUUAAGCAGCAAGGAGCAAGGUGGUGCAUAUAACGCUUAUUGUACAUAAUUACAUAUAUUAUUUUGUUUUUUUUUUUUUUUUUUGGGAUUGAAUGUAUGUAAGUGCACAUAAGUAAAUAAGUAUCCACGUAUGUAUGUACGUAUAUAGACAUAUUAAUGGAUAGACAGAUGUAUAUACAUACGUACUAAAGUUGGGCAACCGACUUUAUAACAAAAUCCUCACCUCUAUGUAUAUAUGCACAUAUUUAUAUAAAUAUAUAUCACGGUGGGUCUCCACGGUCUUGAAAUAGUUGUUCAUAAAACCGACGAAAAGCCAUUGGCAAAUAAAACUGGCAACAAUCUUUCUCUUAUAAUUUAAUCGGGGAUACUAGCCCCCAAAAGUAAAAAAUGUUUUUAGUUUCGAACCCGCUUUCCCUAUCAAUAAACCCUUGACUACCCAAAACUAAUGAAAAUAUUCAAAUUUAGAUUUAGAAUUACUUUUUCUCCUAAAAUCAAUACAUGUGACACACACUA